AUGCCUACUGAAGCUUCUAGCUCUAGAGACUCUUAUUAUUCGUCUUUAUUUGACGAAUACAUGGCUGCUUCACCACGUGAAUCAACAUGGAGCCAUAGUACUAUGAAUUCUGUUAAAAAACGUCCUUCGCUUAACUUACAUCUUCGUGAUGUUAGCAUAAGCAGUCUAAAACGACAACCAUCGUUUGAUUGUCCUACUCCUGCAUUAUCUUCAUUUAAAAAUACUCCUAACUAUUCAAAUCCGAUUAAUUCAGUAUUUCAUUAUACUGUUAACGGUGCUUUUUCACCACCACCUCAUCCCAGUCCUUAUGUAUUUACUCAUUAUGGAUCAUAUAAUAAUGGAACCAAAAAUAUUAAUGGUAACAUUAAUGGUAGUAUUGAAGAACGUACUCAUUAUAGUUCAUAUAAUAAUAUUGGAACUAAAAAUAUUAAUGGUGGUGGUAUUGAAGAACGAGCAAAUGGUUUAAAUGUACCUAAAGAAUAUUUAAGAGAAAAUAGUAGAAGUAGAACUCCAUCUCUUUCUGGAAGUAGUAUUAACGAAGAUCGAAAUAAUGUUUCUAGUAAUAAUAAUCAUGCGAAACAUUCUUCAGCUAGUAGUGAUGAAAAUGUACCAAUAGGUACACCUCCAAAGCAUUCUAUUCCACUUCAAAAUUCCUCCAAUCUUCAUCCUGAUUCUGUAAAGGUGCAACGUGAUCCAUUUGAAAAUGAUAGAGACCGAUAUGGUUUCAAAAGAUCUUACCAAUGGAUAAGCAAUAAAGAAUAUGUAGAUUUUGAAGCUUCUUAUUCACAUGUUUUACAACGAAGAAAAAUUAAAUGGGAAACAGUAUUAAAUGAAAAUGGAGGAAUGAUACCAAAUAAAUGUUCUAAAAUGAAGAGAUAUGUUCGUAAAGGAAUUCCACCAUCGCUUCGAGGAAGGGUAUGGUUCUUUUAUAGUGGUGCCGAAGCAAAAAUGAAAAGUCAUUUGGACCUUUACCAACAACUUGUACUAAAAGCUCAAGAUCCUCGAUUGGAAAAUGAAUAUUUUGAAGUGAUCGAACGAGAUCUUCACCGUACCUUUCCUGAAAACAUCAAAUUUAAAUCUACUGUCAUAACUGAUGACAGCAAUUCACCGGUUCUCUCAACAGACAACGUUCCAAUUAUUCAGUCCCUUCGUCGUGUUCUCACUGCCUUUUCACUAUAUUCUCCAAAUAUUGGUUAUUGCCAAUCCCUUAACUAUGUAGCUGGAAUUCUUUUAUUAUUUAUGGAUGAAGAGAAGGCAUUUUGGAUGUUAGUGACUAUUAUUCACGAUUAUUUGCCAGAGAAUAUGUAUGAUGUCACCAUGGAAGGUUCGAACGUCGAUCAGGCUGUUCUCAUGUCACUUAUUAUGAGAAAGAUGCCUGACAUUUGGAAUAAAAUGAAUGGAGGUGCCAAUUGUGAUAUAGAAAAAUUGGAUGGAAAUAUGCCAACAAUUACUCUAGUAACUAGUCAUUGGUUCUUAACUCUUUAUAUCAAUAUUUUACCAAUUGAGACAUUGCUUAGAGUUUGGGAUUGUUUCUUCUAUGAAGGUAACAAAAUACUUUUUCGUGUUGCGUUAGCAAUACUUAGAUUGAAUGAAGAAAAGAUUUUAGCAGUAGAUGAUCCCAUGGAAGUAUUUCAGGUAGUUCAGAAUAUGCCCAAGAAAUUAAUUGAUUGUCAUAAACUGAUCGAUGUAUGUUUCCGUCGUCGUGACUGUAUAUCUGAAAUCUCUCAAAAAGAUAUUGAUCGACGCCGAGAACUUUUCCGUGAACGACGGAAAAAACGGGUAGGAACCAUGUUGUCUAAACAUUAG